GCUGCAGAGAGUUGGACUGAGUGAUCUGAAGUGAAAAUGAAGACUUACCUCACGCUAUUCCUUCUAGCCUGCUUUAUAACUUAUUCAGAGCCGUUGUCCUGCUUCAGUUGUAAAGAUGCUGAUACCAACCUUAGGUGUAAUUUUAAUCUGCCUGAGACAUGCUCAGCAAACCAAGUGUGCGUAACUUCCACUUCAACUUUAGGUGGCAGCUUUAAGAUUACUAAAGGGUGUAUCGACCAAGAUUCAUGUGAUGUUGCAUCGAUCUUUGGAAACAUUGACGUAGGUGUGGCGAGCACAUCAGUGAAAUGCUGUGAUUAUUUCUUAUGCAACAUAAACGGCUCCACGACUGCCAGACUGAACCUCCUGCUUCUGGGGGUCUCGGCGCUUGUCCUUCUAGUAGUUGGCAACAUUACAAAAUAGAACCAGCUAUGAUAUGGUCUGCUGUAAAAUUAAACUUGGGCUUUGGUUUCAUUUAUAUGGAGACUUUAUCAUUCUGAACAUUUCCUUCACUGUUGAUUUUUAUUAAAGGGAAGGUUUGGAGUUAAUUGGUAUAAGAAGUAUAAGAACAUUACAGAAAUGUUACAGCAAACCAAUGAAAUUUAUGUUUCUAUUUUAUUUUUAAUAAAUGUGCAGUAUACUAUUAGAUCUUACUUUGUCAGAUAAAUACACUACAAAUAAAACUAAAUGUUUUGUGGAA